AUGGCGGAGUCAUCGUCCACUGGGGUAUCUUCCGGAGCUCGUGUAUCGGUUUCGGUUUCCCUCUGCCUCAGCCCAGGUCGUCCCCUUGACCCAGGUCGUGCCCUCGACCCAGGUUGUGCCCUCAACCCUGGUCGUGCCCUCAACCCCGGUCGUGCCCUCGACCCAAUCUGGUCAGGUCGUGCCCGCGACCCAGGUCGUGCCCGCAACCCAGCUCGUGCCCGCAACCCAGGUCGUGCCCGCAAUCCAGGUCGUACCCGCGACCCAGGUCGUGCCCUUGACCCAGCAAUUCUGGCGCACGAUCCUGAUAUCAAGCUGAUUGUGAUGCAGACAGCAGCUAGUUUGGUUUCUGGGUGUGCAACUGGGGUUGUCGUGCCCUCGGCCCAGGUCGUCCCCUCAGCCCAGGUCGUCCCCUUGACCCAGGUCGUGCCCUCGACCCAGGUUGUGCCCUCAACCCUGGUCGUGCCCUCAACCCCGGUCGUGCCCUCGACCCAGUUCGUGUUUCCACCCGGAGGUCAUGUCCUUGCCCAUGACCCAGAUCCUAAGAUCUGGUCAGGUCGUGCCCGCGACCCAGGUCGUGCCCGCAACCCAGCUCGUGCCCGCAACCCAGGUCGUGCCCGCAAUCCAGGUCGUACCCGCGACCCAGGUCGUGCCCUUGACCCAGCAAUUCUGGCGCACGAUCCUGAUAUCAAGCUGAUUGUGAUGCAGACAGCAGCUAGUUUGGUUUCUGGGUGUGCAACUGGGGUUGUCGUGCCCUCGGCCCAGGUCGUCCCCUCAGCCCAGGUCGUCCCCUUGACCCAGGUCGUGCCCUCGACCCAGGUUGUGCCCUCAACCCUGGUCGUGCCCUCAACCCCGGUCGUGCCCUCGACCCAGUUCGUGUUUCCACCCGGAGGUCAUGUCCUUGCCCAUGACCCAGAUCCUAAGAUCUGGUCAGGUCGUGCCCGCGACCCAGGUCGUGCCCGCAACCCAGCUCGUGCCCGCAACCCAGGUCGUGCCCGCAAUCCAGGUCGUACCCGCGACCCAGGUCGUGCCCUUGACCCAGCAAUUCUGGCGCACGAUCCUGAUAUCAAGCUGAUUGUGAUGCAGACAGCAGCUAGUUUGGUUUCUGGGUGUGCAACUGGGGUUGUCGUGCCCUCGGCCCAGGUCGUCCCCUCAGCCCAGGUCGUCCCCUUGACCCAGGUCGUGCCCUCGACCCAGGUUGUGCCCUCAACCCUGGUCGUGCCCUCAACCCCGGUCGUGCCCUCGACCCAGUUCGUGUUUCCACCCGGAGGUCAUGUCCUUGCCCAUGACCCAGAUCCUAAGAUCUGGUCAGGUCGUGCCCGCGACCCAGGUCGUGCCCGCAACCCAGCUCGUGCCCGCAACCCAGGUCGUGCCCGCAAUCCAGGUCGUACCCGCGACCCAGGUCGUGCCCUUGACCCAGCAAUUCUGGCGCACGAUCCUGAUAUCAAGCUGAUUGUGAUGCAGACAGCAGCUAGUUUGGUUUCUGGGUGUGCAACUGGGGUUGUCGUGCCCUCGGCCCAGGUCGUCCCCUCAGCCCAGGUCGUCCCCUUGACCCAGGUCGUGCCCUCGACCCAGGUUGUGCCCUCAACCCUGGUCGUGCCCUCAACCCCGGUCGUGCCCUCGACCCAGUUCGUGUUUCCACCCGGAGGUCAUGUCCUUGCCCAUGACCCAGAUCCUAAGAUCUGGUCAGGUCGUGCCCGCGACCCAGGUCGUGCCCGCAACCCAGCUCGUGCCCGCAACCCAGGUCGUGCCCGCAAUCCAGGUCGUACCCGCGACCCAGGUCGUGCCCUUGACCCAGCAAUUCUGGCGCACGAUCCUGAUAUCAAGCUGAUUGUGAUGCAGACAGCAGCUAGUUUGGUUUCUGGGUGUGCAACUGGGGUUGUCGUGCCCUCGGCCCAGGUCGUCCCCUCAGCCCAGGUCGUCCCCUUGACCCAGGUCGUGCCCUCGACCCAGGUUGUGCCCUCAACCCUGGUCGUGCCCUCAACCCCGGUCGUGCCCUCGACCCAGUUCGUGUUUCCACCCGGAGGUCAUGUCCUUGCCCAUGACCCAGAUCCUAAGAUCUGGUCAGGUCGUGCCCGCGACCCAGGUCGUGCCCGCAACCCAGCUCGUGCCCGCAACCCAGGUCGUGCCCGCAAUCCAGGUCGUACCCGCGACCCAGGUCGUGCCCUUGACCCAGCAAUUCUGGCGCACGAUCCUGAUAUCAAGCUGAUUGUGAUGCAGACAGCAGCUAGUUUGGUUUCUGGGUGUGCAACUGGGGUUGUCGUGCCCUCGGCCCAGGUCGUCCCCUCAGCCCAGGUCGUCCCCUUGACCCAGGUCGUGCCCUCGACCCAGGUUGUGCCCUCAACCCUGGUCGUGCCCUCAACCCCGGUCGUGCCCUCGACCCAGUUCGUGUUUCCACCCGGAGGUCAUGUCCUUGCCCAUGACCCAGAUCCUAAGAUCUGGUCAGGUCGUGCCCGCGACCCAGGUCGUGCCCGCAACCCAGCUCGUGCCCGCAACCCAGGUCGUGCCCGCAAUCCAGGUCGUACCCGCGACCCAGGUCGUGCCCUUGACCCAGCAAUUCUGGCGCACGAUCCUGAUAUCAAGCUGAUUGUGAUGCAGACAGCAGCUAGUUUGGUUUCUGGGUGUGCAACUGGGGUUGUCGUGCCCUCGGCCCAGGUCGUCCCCUCAGCCCAGGUCGUCCCCUUGACCCAGGUCGUGCCCUCGACCCAGGUUGUGCCCUCAACCCUGGUCGUGCCCUCAACCCCGGUCGUGCCCUCGACCCAGUUCGUGUUUCCACCCGGAGGUCAUGUCCUUGCCCAUGACCCAGAUCCUAAGAUCUGGUCAGGUCGUGCCCGCGACCCAGGUCGUGCCCGCAACCCAGCUCGUGCCCGCAACCCAGGUCGUGCCCGCAAUCCAGGUCGUACCCGCGACCCAGGUCGUGCCCUUGACCCAGCAAUUCUGGCGCACGAUCCUGAUAUCAAGCUGAUUGUGAUGCAGACAGCAGCUAGUUUGGUUUCUGGGUGUGCAACUGGUGAUAGAGCAGCUGCUUUGGUCUCUGGAUGUGCAACUGGGGAUGUGAAGGACUCGAUCUGGCGAAGGCAUGUUACCACCAAGAUUCCUGUCAAGAUUGCCACAGAGAUUGCCUCCGAGACUGUCAUUGACAUUGCAUCGACCAUAUGA